AUGGCGCUGCGCACUGUGCAGGUUGGUGACUUCCCGUCCGUGCCGCGUGAGAUUCUGUGGUACCAGCGCCCCCCGCGAGGUUGUUCACUUCGAGGAGGAGACGUCGAACACCUCUGCAUCAGAGCUGCCGGGGCUGCGGCUGAGGCCGCGGCCGCCGCUGCGAAGGCUGCUACUGCGUCUGCUCCGAAGGCGAAAGCGGCUCCCGCGGCGCCGGCCCCUGUCGCUGCUCCGGUUGUUGGUGCCCCGGUGGCUCCAGAGCAGGUUGCUCCUGCUGCGGAAGACGCGCCAGUUGCUGCACUUCACAUUCUGCGGGUGCUUCUUGCUGUGCGCAUGAACAAGAGAGCAAGGAAGCCAUGGACGUGA